UCCCUCACUGGAUUCCGUCCGGAGUUUAAGUCUGAGAAUCCGGAAGUGACGAUCCUUUUCCUUCUUAGCCCGAGAUCUUUUAGGGUUGGUAUGAAGUGCUGAGAAUCUUUUGCCAUCCUUGGUUUUCGUUUGGGCCCCAGGGAGACAGCCGUACAUUAUGCCUCGCAAAAUUGAAGAGAUCAAGGACUUCCUACUGACAGCCAGGAGAAAAGAUGCAAAAUCUGUCAAGAUCAAGAAAAACAAAGACAAUGUUAAAUUCAAGGUGCGCUGCAGCAAAUACCUGUACACUCUGGUCAUUACAGACAAAGAGAAGGCAGAGAAACUGAAACAGUCUCUACCACCUGGUCUGUCUGUGAAGGAACUGAAAUAAAUCUGCCUCUCUGUUGUACAAUAAGUCUAAAGGCCA